ACCCAAAAUCUUGAAGCAAAGAGUGAACAUUCAAUGAUGUUGAAACAGAACAACACUUGUUCUUCUUCUCCAUCUCUAACUGAAAACUGAAACCCCAUUUUCCUUCUUCUUCUUCUUCUAAUCCCAAACAAGAAUGGGAACCAUUUUCCCUCCUCACACUCACACUCUCUCUCCACUAUUCAACAUCAAAGCUUCUUCAUCCUCAAGAACUCUCUUAUCCCCCUCAAAUUCCAUCUUUUGCUUCAAACCCAUUAUUCCAAGCCUCAAGAAGAAUCAAACUUUGUCCUUUAAGCCUUCAUCAUGUGCAAGCUGGUUGAAUCAUGCCCAGCAGGGCCUUGCUGCUUUGGCUAUUUCUUUGGCACUCAACUUCAACCCAAUUUUGUACACUGGCAAUGCAUUUGCAUCUGAAUUUGAUGUUCUUAACGAGGGUCCUCCAAAAGAAACUUAUGUGGUUGAUGAUGCUGGAGUGCUUAGCAGAGUAACAAGGUCUGAUUUGAAGCGCUUGUUAUCUGAUUUGGAAUCAAGGAAGAAUUUCCACAUCAACUUUGUCACUGUUAGGAAACUCACGAGCAAAGCUGAUGCUUUUGAGUAUGCUGAUCAAGUUUUGGAGCGUUGGUAUCCUUCCAUAGAAGAAGGCAACAACAAGGGUAUUGUGGUUCUUGUCACAAGCCAGAAGGAAGGAGCAAUCACCGGUGGCCCGGCUUUUGUCCAAGCUGUUGGAGAAAAGGUUCUUGAUGCUACUGUCUCUGAGAACCUUCCAGUAUUGUCAACGGAUGAGAAGUACAACGAAGCUAUUUAUAGCACUGCGAAACGGCUAGUUGCUGCCAUCGAUGGCCUUCCAGAUCCUGGUGGACCAACAUUUAAGGACAACAAGCGCGAGUCUAACUUCAAGUCGAGGGAAGAGACAGAAGAGAAGCGUGGACAGUUCUCUCUGGUUGUUGGAGGUUUGUUGGUCAUUGCCUUCGUUGUUCCGAUGGCACAGUACUAUGCUUAUGUCUCCAAGAAGUAAGAAAAUAGCUAUGUAAUUAUAGUUAUAUCUGCUUUCCAAAUUUUCACACUCUCAAAUUCAUAAUGUGUAAUGUGUAGUUGUAAGUUGUAACUAUUCUCAUGUUACAAUUUAGAUUGAGAUGGUGAAUAAGAUCUUUUUAUCGGCUUGUAAAUGCAAUUCUAAAUUAUGUGCAUUGACUAUAAUAGAAACGGUAUUUUUUCA